AUGGAAACAAUGACCUGCCCCGGCGCACCCCCUCCUCCUCAGACCAUAGCGGUGACACCAAUGCAGGUGUGGCCUUACCCAUGGCCUACGCCGGAGCUCGUCAACCUGACCAAGGAGGACGAGGAGCAGGAGGAGGAGAUAGGCCAAGGUGAAACAUUCUUGAUGCACUUGAGGGAGGUAUCAGCUGUUCAACCACAUCAAUUAGCUGAUCUUUGGUAUAGUAAUACUGCUACUAAGAACCAACAUGCUGAAUCAGGUUCUGGCACAGACAGCACGACUAAUCCAUACUACAUCUACCGUAUAGGUAGGCGUAUAUUAGUAGCGACGCCGGACGAGCUGGCAUUCGGGUUCUACGACGGGACGUGCCCCGACGCCGAGGAGAUCGUCGCGUCCACCGUGCGGGAGCUCUUCCUCGCGGACUCCAACGUCGCCGCCGCGCUCGUCCGCCUCUUCUUCCACGACUGCUUCGUCCACGGCUGCGAUGCCUCGGUGCUCCUGGACCGUAUCAACGGCGGGAAGUCGGAGAGGGACGCCGCCCCGAACCGCUCGCUGCGAGGCUUCGGCGCCAUCGACAAGAUCAAGGCGAGGCUGGAGAAGAAGUGCCCGGAGACCGUGUCCUGCGCCGACAUCCUGGCGCUGGCCGCGCGGGACAGCCUCGUCCUCGUGGGCGGGCCGAGCUACCCGGUGCUCACCGGCCGCCGAGACAGCGCCCGGAGCUUCCACGACGACGUCAACGUCCCGUCCCCGAACGCAACCCACGCCAUGACGCUCGAUGCGUUCGCGCGCCGCGGCUUCACCGAGCGCGAGACCGUCGCGCUCCUAGGAGCACAUAGCAUCGGGAAGGUCCAGUGCAGAUUCUUCAGGGACAGGAUCUACAACUUCGCCGGGACAGGCCAGCCGGACGACUCCCUCGACUCCGACAUGAUCGGCGAGAUGAGGGCCGUGUGCGGCGGCGCCGGCACUGCGCCGAUGGAGAUGGGGUACUACCGGCAGGGGCGGGAGGUGGGGUUCGGCGCGCACUACUACGCGAAGCUUCUCGCCGGACGCGGCAUCCUGCGCUCCGACCAGCAGCUCACGGCUGGGAGCACCGUGCGCUGGGUGCGCGUGUACGCCUCUGGGGUGCGCGGCGAGGAGGCUUUCCGGGAGGACUUCGCGCACGCCAUGGUUAAGCUGUCUGCGCUUGCGCCGCUCACCGGGUCCGCCGGCCAGGUCCGGGUCAGCUGCUCCAGGCCAGUUGAGUAG